CAAAUUAUGUCUUCCUCAUUUUCUUGUUUAAUAGAGUACUUGCCUUGGCUCUCUGUUCCCCCUCCCUUCAUCUUAAGUAACUUGCCUCUCCCUAUCUCAAAUCAUUUCAAAGCUUGCAUCUUUCGAACUUCCACUUUUCCAGGCGACUCGGCAAAGCACUUCAUAAGAGUGGACUUACUUGUGCCUGCACUUGCCAAUCCAAGGUAUAACAAGAAUCCAUUUCUGUUCUGCUUUCUUGAUUUGAAGGUUGUGGUAGAGUUACGGAGAUGAGAAAUGGACAGCAACAGCGAUCAGGUGGUCCAAGUGGUGAUGGUGGAGGAAAUGGAAGAGGAGGAGGAGAUAAAAUUGAUGUUCUUGGUAGACUCUUGUCACGAGUACUGCGGCAUAUGGCUUUAGAGCAUAUGAGGAGUGAUGGUUAUGUGAAAGUGAAUGAUGUAUUGAACUUAGAUUUGAAAACAUUCGCCAACAUUCCGUUGAAGUCACACACUAUUGAUGAUAUUAGAGAGGCAGUCAGGAAGGAUAAUAAGCAGCGUUUCGGCCUCUUGGAAGAGAACGGGGAGCUGUUGAUACGGGCAAACCAAGGGCACUCUAUAAAGACAAUUGAAUCUGAUAACUUACUAAAACCCAUUCUUUCAGCUGAAGAAGCUCCAGUUUGUGUGCAUGGAACCUAUACAAAGAAUCUCGAGUCAAUUUUGAAUACCGGUCUUAAACGCAUGAAAAGGUUGCAUGUUCACUUUUCAAGUGCUUUGCCAACAGAUGGAGAAGUAAUUAGUGACGGAAUGAAACUUUAUAUAUCAGAAAACAAGGUGAUUUUGACGGAAGGUUUCAACGGUGUUGUAGCUGUUAAAUACAUUGAGAAGAUUGAAACAUGGCCACAUCGACAGCUAGUACCCUUCUAGUUUGAAGCUAGGAACAACUAGGAUGGACUCACUGGAGGAGUAUUUGAGGGAUGGAAAUCUGUCCGACUUCGACAGUCUCUAAUUUUGUAGUCCAAAAGCAAAAUAGUAGAGACAUGAUGCUGCAACUGAAAGCGCUCCACCAGUCUUAUUAGGCGACUGGUUUAAUGGUUAUUUCUCUUUUCAAACAUUCCGUACAUCUGCUUGUUCUGCAAAGUACACAUGUUCUAUAAAACUAGCAAUGGAAAAGUUGCAGUGAUAACGAGCCAGCUAGGCCACAAGUCACAAGCCACUGAAGCGUUGCUUCAUUUACCCCCUGCCAAAUUGUUGCAGCUAAGAAAUUACCCUCUCUUUAUGUAUUUUGAACUAAUUAAAUGAAUUGAAAAAAGAAAAUUUGAAAGAAA